AUGGAGAAAAGACCCAAACGAUACGUCUGUCCCAUAGAAUCAUGUGGUAAGAAAUACUCGAGGCCCUGCUUGCUUCGACAGCACGUAAGGUCUCAUACAAAUGAGAAACCGUUCCAUUGUCCUGAACCUGGAUGUGAUAAAGCGUUUCUAAGGCCCUCACAUCUAAGAGUACAUAUGCUCAGCCAUUCCAAGGUCAAACCAUACAACUGUAGUGUGUGCGGUAAGGGAUUUGCCACUAAACAGCAGUUUCAGAGACAUCAGCAGACGCAUACGCAGAAUCAAGACGACACUUCGACUUACCAAUGUGGAUAUUACGGCUGUCCAUUUAAUGCUCCCUCAAAAGAGGCAUUGAACGAACAUGUAUUAGAACUACACCUUAUCCACGAAAUUCUCGACCAGAACCCACCGUUACAAACCCCUCCACAUUGGGAUAACUUGCAAUGCCAGGAUAGCAGCUGUAGUGGGUAUCCUUCUUUUCAAUCCAGCCUGGAACUACUAGAACACUACGAUGAGUAUCAUAUAUAUAUACCGGAAUCUUUGCUAAAAUACUCGUUCGAAGAAAAUAUAAAUACAUCAUCAUCAGAGUAUUCUGCAGACGGAUUAUACACGGAUCUUGAGUAA